CAAGAUUGAAAUAAUAUUAAAAUCAUGGUUUCAAUACAAUACAAAAUAGUGGUAUUUUACAUAAUUACAGCAAGUUUAUUCUUUGAUCCGAUUAGUACUUCUUAUUCGGGAUUCGACUGCUACACCGACCCUUGCCCCCAACCUUGUUCUCCUUCACAACCUUGCCCUGCUCCAUCACAACCGUGCCCCGAUUCACAGCCUUGUCCAUCCGCACCAGAUCCGCAAACAGGAUGGCAUUACAAUAGCGAGGGAGCACAUCAAGAUAUUCUACAAGAAACUUCACCAAUCGUUAACAAGGAUGAAACAGCACAACAAGAUAUUCUACAAGAAACUUUACCAAUCGUUAACAAGGAUGAAACAGCACAACAAGAUAUUCUACAAGAAACUUCACCAAUCGUUAACAAGGAUGAAACAGCACAAAAGUUUGGCGAAUCUUGCAAAAAGAAUUGUUUAAUCGAUGGUUCUUUGAGAAAAAGUUGUUUCAGAUUAUGCAUGAAAUACAUGUACUUGCAAUCUCAAUUGUAA